AUCUGGCAACAAAACCUCAAUAACUCAAGAACCGCCCAAGAAUCGCUACUCAAUGGACCCACAGCCCUCCGUUGGGACAUACUCACACUCCAAGAAUGCUGCUCGAAUAAACUAUGCAAUACCAGAUCUACACGCAAAUGGCACACAGUAUACCCUACU